UCUUUAUCUUUUCCGCCUUUGGGCCCCUGAGUCAUUUCAGCGAUGCGAAGGCGGGAUAAUUUGCCCUCUGCCUCUGAUGAGCACGAACACUUUGAAACAGACACGCUGCUGAACCUGGGGGACGAAUCUGAAAGACAAGGGAGAAGGUGACACAGAAACUGAGACAGUCAUGAGGCAAAAAUGCAAAAGGUGGUGCUUGGUGUGCUUGAAGAGGAUGUUUAUUGGGUUUUUGGUGCUCUUCAUUGUUGGUCUACUCGUCAUCAAGCUCUGUUCUUGGAUCCUGGUCAACAUGGUCUUUGGCAACUAUAGUCCAGGUUUUAUCGAUCUUAAGAAGCCGCUCGAUCAAGGCCUGAAUCACACACACAACUUCUACCUUCAGCCAGAAGAAGGCGUCAGGAUCGGAGUGUGGCACACAGUACCAGACCUCUUGUGGAAUGAGGCACAGGAGAAAGAAGGAAACUGGUACAAGAGAAAACUCAACUCCUCUCACCCUGUCAUACUCUAUCUGCAUGGCAAAGCAGGGAAUAGAGGAUCUGACGACCGAGUGAAGCUCUAUAAGGUCUUUAGUUCCUUAGGCUACCAUGUAGUCGCUGUUGAUUAUAGAGGAUGGGGGGAUUCAGAGGGAAGCUCUUCUGAGAGCGGGUUGACACAGGAUGCACUCUACCUCUAUGAGUGGCUGAAAAAGAGGAUGGACAACAACUCUCUCUACAUCUGGGGCCACUCUCUGGGAACUGGAGUGGCCACUAACUUAGCCAAGUAUCUCUGUGACAGAGGUGAGUGUGUGCAUAUGUGA